AUGAGCUCUCAAGGCAACUUCCCUCUCGGUGGCUCCGAGGUAUCUGACAGCCGAGCGACGGCAACAUGCUACUGCGGCACGGUACAGCUCGAAUUCCCUACCGAAGGUGAAGACUUCGUCGACUCCUUCAUCUGCAACUGCACCGACUGCCGCAAAAUCACAGCCUCAAUGUUCGCCUCCAACUUCAUCGUCAACGACAGCGCCGUCAAACACCUCAAGGGUCAAGACAAGCUCACCAAAUUCAGCCAGAACAAGACAAUCGCCACUGGAAACACAAUGUCAAACUACUUUUGCAGUGUGUGUGGGACGCUGAUGUAUCGAGUGUCGACGGGCUUUCCGGGCAAGUUUGUUAUGAGGAUUGGUACUGUGGAUGAUUUUAGUUUGCAUGCGACGAAGUUGAAGCCCAGGAUUGAACAGUUUGGUAGGGAUCGGGUAGAUUGGUUGCAUGGGGGUGAGGGUGUGAAGCAGGUGGAAGAUAAUUACUAUACCGGAUAG